UCCGGGCCAGGAGUAGGGCCAAGCUACAUCCCGCCAUGGCAAUCCAAUGUGCGCGUCAAUGGAGUCCAGAACCAGCGGAAGAAGGUCCUGAGAAAGGUGCGUCACCAAACAUUUGGGAGGAAAAGUGUACCUCUAAACUAGCUAGAAUUAUAGGCCAUGGUAUACGACAGCAGCCAUGAAAUGCUAGAUGCCCUUCGCAUUUGCUUCAUGCAGGAGAAGCAAGUCGAUUUCAGUGGAAGCUACAUUGUGGUCAAUGAGCCGCCUAUGCUGGAUAAACACCGGAUUCAACUGGUCUCUCACGAUAUAUGGAGAGCAUCCGGGUAUCGGUUCACAGUCAAGGACCACCCUCGAACGAAGGACGGCCACAAGACUCGCCUAUGGUGUACCCAAGACGAUGCGCGACAGAACCGCAAAGGUCCCCCAGAGAAGGCCCGUACACUCGUGACUGGAGAAGUGGUUGCAAAAACUCGCUAUCCAUGUCAUAGCCGGCUCCUCAUCUCGUCUCGCGAUACCACCCAACCGAAUCACCGCAUGGUCACCGUGCGGAUACACCACUACGCCGCACAUCCACCUUAUCAUGAGGCACCUCCAGGCUUCUUCAUGAACCCAGCUUGGCCGCCGUAUAUGAUGCUUCAGCCUCCUCAGCCUCAAAUACCAUGGAUGAUACCUCAACCACCUCUACCACUUCCGACGUCUUCCCAGCAGCAGCAGGCGGCUCAUGAUCUGGACUACCCCGACUCGGAAGAAGACGAUGAUGAAGAAUCAGACCAAGAAGAUAUCAGUCACGAAACCCCUGCUACUUCCGAGCCUCUCCCUGAUCCUGAUCCUGAUCCUGAUCCCGCAAUGGACCCAGAGCAGUUUCAAAGACAGAUGCGGACACACAUCAAUAACAUCCGCGACUUUUGUGAUGGGUUGGAAUACCAGUUGCAAUUUAAUGACCAUCGGCUGUUACGCGAGUUGGAGAAGGAAGGUGGAUCAUUUCUACGCUUUGUGCAUGAAUGUUUGAGGAGGGAAGGCCGCUUGCAGGAUGACGACGUGGCUCAGCAGAAGGUUGCUACGCCACCGUCUGAGCCCGAGCGGUCGGCAGCGUCAGAGUCGCGAACGCAGGAGACCGAAAUAAACCCGGAACCAGACCAUAAUCUGGAACCUAACGGUGACCUUGAUUAGCGAUACUCUGUCGUGUCCGAAUCUGAAUACAUUCAUAUUCGUUUCCUAUCAUACUGACACCCUGAACCUUCGGCAUACGGUACUUACUAGUUCUGUUCCUUCUCCACCUUACUGGCAACGAACUGGCACCUAGCCACCUCUUUCUCAUCAGCGAGUUCAACGAAACUCCCAUUCGUUGUAGUGUUCUGUUGCAAAACAAUCUGUCUUUCCUCGUCCAAGGAGAAGCGAUCCCAGGA